AAACAUGCCCGGACUGGAAAUCGAAGCCAGUUAAUGUUCAGUCGUGCGAUAGUCUGGUGUCAAUCUGUGUGAUUUGUGACAGUUUUCAUUUUGCUAUUAUUUUUUAAUCGUUUUGUGCUAAUCAAGGACAGUUCUUUGAAAUGGUUACUGAAAGCAUUUCGGAUUCAAUAGUUGAAAGACCAACUAAAGAACAAUUGUUCAUAAUCAGCGAGGAAUUAAAUGGAGACGACUCAAAAACUGAAGACUUGAAGAUUCUGGUUCAACAAUGGAUUGCUCUGGACCCAUCAAUACCAAAUAAUUUAAACAAAACUUUCGUGACCAACGUGAUAAGGUUGACGAAACACAACGUGGAGAGGACCAAAGACAAACUCAAAAAUUAUUUGAUUAUGAAAAGUUACUGCAAGGACAUAUUCUUCAACAGAAACCCCAUGUCUCCGGAGAUUGAAAGGGUCAUGAAAACAGUGAAUAUUUGCAUUUCCCCGAAGCUAACGAAGGAGUGUGGCCGGAUAUUUUACUUUUCCCUCUGGAACGACAACCCGGACAACUUCGUGGUGGAAGACGUGCUCAAGUACACCUUCAUGAUAAUCGACGCAGCCACAGCCAUCGACACUCACACGUGCGGCGAAGUGGUGAUAUACGACUGCAAGAACGUCACGUUGGCCCACAUUCCUAAGCUGAUAAGGUGCUUCAACUUGGCCAGCGAAAUCCUGCUGAAAGCGUACCCGUGCAGACUCAAGGAGGUGCACGUCGUCAACCCCUUGCCCGUCGUUGAAAAGGUCAUCAGCCUGGCCAGGAAUAUAUUGCCCAAGAAAGUCAAGGACAAAUUCUACAUCCACAAAGACUUCAAAUCAUUGCACGAAAAGAUCGACCCAUCAUUGCUGACCUCCACCUACGACGGUGAGCUGCCCAGCUUAUCAGUGAUGAGUGAGGAGCUCAACCAGAGGCUGAGGAGAUUCGCCCCGCUGUUCAAGGAGCAGGAGUCCCUCAAGUAUUUGGGCCCGGUUACGGAGAAGAACAACCAAAGCUUCGCCCACUUGAAGGACCAAAUUGGGGUCGAGGGUAGCUUUAGGAAAUUGGACAUUGAUUAGAAAGUAAUCAAGAUGUGAUUUAGAAAAGUUGAUCGUGUUUCAUUAGGAUAGUGGUUCAUGUGGUCAAAAUAAAGAAUUUAAUUCAUAAUUAGGAUAAUUAUAUAAGUAUUUAAUGUAAAAAAUUAUUUAUUUAAACAUUUAUUAAUAAAUAAAAGUUUUAUUGUG